AUGCACUACCAAUGGCUGAUUUUACUGGUAUCCACCGCGCUCCUGGCGAAUACCGACGCUGUGUUGAAGGCGACUGUACUCCCGCUGAACUCCCUGCUCAGACACAAUGUCCCAACGAACCGGCUUCUGAGGGCUCACCAGCUCAAGAGCAACGGCCAAAAUGCGGAGGAGAGGGGUGUAGGCACUUCCGCCGUCGAAACACUCACGAAUUCUUUGAAAGUGCCCGCUAGCCAGCAGCUUGAUGCCUGGCUCACAAAUGGGAAAUCUGCAGACGACGUUUUCAAACUCCUCACCUUGGACAAAGCUGCCGAUGGUCUUCUGGCCAAUCCGCAAUUGAAUGAUUGGAUCAGCUAUAUGAACCUUUUUAACGAGGCGAAUCCAGCAAAGAGAACUACAGUGAUUGCUACACUCACGAGGCACUUCGGGGACGAAGGCUUAGCGAGAAUCAUCGAAGCAGCGAAACAGGCUCCAACUACAGCAGCUCUUGCCAAGAGGAUGCAGACUGAACAGAUCCAACGUUGGCUGGUUGACAAGAAGACCCCAGAGGACGUUUUUUCGCUUCUCAAGCUCGACGAUGUAGAAUUAAGACUUUUUGAACAACCUCAAAUUGUCACGUGGGCGAAGUACUUGGACGACUUCAAAAAGGCGAACCCGACUAGUGAGACGACUUUGCUCUUGUUCCUGAACUCUCGCUACGACGAUUCAGAUUUAGUGAGCAUGCUUAUAGCGGCGAAGAAUGUCCCACAAACAGAGAAGCUUGCAAUCCGAAUCCAAGCCGAGAUGACAGCCCUUUGGUUGAAAGAAACUGUAGAACCGGCCGACGUUUUUACGAUGCUGAAACUUGACGAGAUUGGCUACUCGAUUUUGGGGAAUCCACUAUUCGCCGCUUGGGUAAAAUACACGGACGAUUUCCGCGAGAUUCAUUACGGAACGAAGCUCACGACGAUCUCUGUGCUAAGACAAUACUAUUCGGACUUCGUCCUGACAAAUAUGCUUCUUAUGGCCGUAAGGUCUCCAACUACGUCGGCUGUCUCGAAACAAUUGCUUGGAGAGCAGGUGCGGAGCUGGUAUUUCGCUCGUUUGGACCCUGCGGAGGUUUUUACCCUGCUAAAGAUUGGUGAGGCAAAGACUCCGCUGCUUGAGAACCCACUCUACUAUAUUUGGCAUAAUUUCGCCAGUUAUUACAAGAGCAUGAGGCCGAAGGAAGACAUGACCCCGAUUGCAGUGUUGAGACAGCGCUACAACGAGGAUGACCUCUUAACGACUCUUUUAAAGGCAUGGGAAGUCCCGCACACGAAAAUCAUGGCAGAGCAGCUAUUGAAUGCUCAGCUCGAGCGUUGGCUAAAAGCCCAAACGGACCCAAAGAGUGUCUUCUCUCUGCUGCGCGUGGAAAACACAGCAGAAGAUGAUAUUAGGAGGUUGCUUUAUGAGGAUUACCUUAGCGACUUCAAACGAUUGUCCAAAAGAAGAAAAACUUCGCCUAAGUAA